AUGUCGAGGGUGAAAAGGAAAAAGUUAUUUCUAUCUGCUAUUUCGUCAGGUCUCAUCGCAAUCCUUAUUCUUUUGACUUUUCUCGUAAACCCGCAAAAUGAUUUAAAUUCGCCUCAAAUCGCCAAAAAAGUUGUUGAUUCUCCACAAAGCAGCCUUGAAUGGGACGAUCACAAAGCAGCCUUGAAUGUGACGGAUUUGGAGAAAGUAGACAUCUUGGUACUCGAUUUUCCAAGUGACUACAAAAAUAGUGAUUUCUUUGCUCAAACACAAUUUCUGACAGUAGCCGUUCGUGGAGACUCGACAGCUGUGGCUCAACGCAUCAAGGAAAUGCGAGGCUUCCGAGAUGUUUUCCUAUUCAGUGAACGCGCGGAGAGUGAUUAUUUUGAGAUCAAAAAAGACGAGGAUAUUUACUUGAUGCCCAGAAGCGCCCUCCGCCAGAAUGGCCACGUUUUUCACCCAAAAAACUUCACGGUCGUCUCCCGACUUUGGACUUUUGGGAAGAAAGUGAACUGUUUAAAUAUUUCAAUGAACAGAACGGAAAAGGAUUCUGUGCACAAGAUUUCCCCCAAAGACGUUGUCUUACUCGCCAAAUUGAGAGAUCUCAUCAUUGAGCAAGGGGCCAUUUCAUUUCUUUUUUCUGGGACACUGCUUGGUUGGUAUCGAGAAUGCUCGAUCAUUCCACACACAAAAGACAUGGAUAUUGCGAUUUUUCACGAUGAGUUUCCUUUCGAUUUCCCCUUUCUCGUGCUAAAUUUGUCCCUUCCAUGGCUUUCCCUUGAUCAUUUGUAUGGACGGCCAAACGACAAUUACAUUUCGAAUUUUCGAAUGAAGGGUGAAACGAAGUUCAAUAUCGACAUUUUUGCAAUGUAUUACGAUGAAAAGAGAAAUCAAAGCUUCAUUACAGGACUCAAUAUGUUGAAGAAGAUGAGAUACUCGUAUCCUAGACUUGAGAAAAUUUGCACGGCUGAUUUGUUGAAUUUCGUUUUUCAUGUGCCCUGUGAUCCGGCGAUCUACCUUUCGGCCGAGUAUGGUUUGAGAUGGCGAGAAGACUGGCCAACGGGAAAGUACAACUGGUUGAGUUCCCCGAAAAACAAAGAAGAUAACGGGAAAUUUCUCCAAUCCGAAAAAAAAGAAAUCAUUCGAACAUUCCCAGAAUCGAAAGCAAUGAAAGAAAAUAGAGAAAAUAAAGGAAAAGAAGCACCAGCAAGACGUUUUAUUUGGGAGGGUUUUCCG